GUAUACGUACAGUACGUAAUUCAGAGGCCCCUUCCUCCCUCCCUCUAUCUAGGGUUGGAUAUAAGAUCAACGAGUAUAAUCCCAGGAAACAGGAUUCCUUUUUUUUACGCUACUACUAAGAGAAGAACCUACAGAGCCUUGACAUGCUUCGACACGUAUCGUCCACUAUCAUGUCGUCCAACUCGGAUGGGUGGCUUCCGGAGAGAGAGAGAGGGAGUAUGCAAACCACUGGAAUCUUAUUAUUGGGCAAAGAAAGGAUCAUCAGUCUCUAGAUUAGGUACCUAA